AUGAUCCUUGGAGGUUUAAACGGGAGCACUUGCCCGCACCUCCCUCCAACUGACAGUGGGAGAGUCACGGUGCCCGUGGUCAUCUGCAUUAUCCUGGGGGUCCUGCUCUGCCUGGUCUUAGUCAUUCUGGGGGCGCAGGUGCGAAGAGCCAGGGCACAGCACAGAGGCUCCAGAAGACCCUUGGAUCCCUUCCCUGAGGCCGUGUACGAGGAGAUUGAUUAUAACCUGAUGAGAGAGAAGCAGGAGAUGUUCAGUCGCUCAGAUGACUCAGUGACAAAGCUGCAGUAUUACACCGGGGACAGUGAGGGGGAAAAUGAUCCUGGAUCAGAACAAGAGGAAGCUUCCCCAGGAGGGUCUGAGUUGGAUUAUGAUAACGUGGAGGAGCCUGCCUUGAACGACGUCCCCCAGACUCCAGACGGCCGAGAUGCCCCUGCCCUGCCUGGAGAUGUCCCAGGGGAUGGUUACGAUGAUACCAGAGAAGUGUCUGACUCUGAAGGUGACCCUGGUUUGGGGCAGAAUGAUAAGCAAGGCAUAGGGGCGAGUGACAGGGAGAGGGAUUCACAGACAGGUGGGAGUCUGCAGUCGCUAGGGGGUGAAGUUGUCUCUGGGAUGGAGAAGGAAACCCCGUCCCUGCUUCUUGGAGACACAGGUUAUGAUGAUGUGGGACAUGGUGACUCUGGGGGUUCAAUAUCAUAACAAUUUGAUUGGACAAACUAACCCUGUGAUGAUGUAAAUGCUUCACCUCUUUCUCUCAGAAAUGAUGGCCCAGAGAAAGUCCCUUCCUGGUUGAUAGACAAAGCAGGUGUUUUUAUAAGAUUUGUGUGAAGCCGCAGGAAAUACAAGAGUGAGUGGGGAAAAGGUUCAUAAGCUUUCUUUGUAUAAUUUUCCAUUGUUUGGAAGGAGUGGAAGUUUCCUGCUGUUUUAUGCCUAUAAUUUCUUCAGCUUGACUUUGUGACUUUUUUAUAUUAAAUCUUUUCUGAAAGUC